AUGACAUGGGCCAAAAAAGAAGAUACUAAAGAUGAAUAUGCAUUAGCACGUCAAAAAUGCAUAAAAACUGAGGCAACGAGUGAUAUUGCUACAUCUGAUGUAGAAGAACAACAUCGACGAAUGAGAAAAGCUACACGCAAAUUAUAUUCAUCAGAUGAAGAUAAUAAUAGCUGCUCUUUUAUAGCUACACCUCCAAGGCCUAAAAAGAAUUUUAUAAGAUAUUCAAAUACUAAAAGAGGUGAAUAUAUUAAAGAGAUGCUCCGACAGCAAUAUCUAAUUAAAAAUAUGGUAACGGAUUUGUCAAUCGAAAUAAGAUAUUUUAAAAAACCAACUUUACAAGAAAAUAUUAGUUCAGACGAUAGUUUAUUUAAGAAACUAGCACUACCUUGUGAAAGUCCUGCUGGAUUAACAAAAUUGAAUGAACAUUUAGAAAAUGAGGAAAACUUCAAAAUUGCUGUAAAUUUUGUCAAAGUUACUGAAAUUUCCCAAAUAUGUGAAAAAGAUAGCUAUGAUUUUGUUAAAAGGGCGAUGAGUCGACUAAAAACUAAUAAUUAG